AUUUUGAGCAUUGUCUUGUCCAACACUCGACGUUGAUUUGUUGGUUCUAGAAGUAAAAACCAAUUACGUUCGAUUGCUAUUCAACGGUUGUGUCUCCUGAACGCACUCAAUGCUCCUUCCUGUUAUUCUUUACUCCAUGGUCACAUAACCCCUAUAGUUUAGAUUUCUUAUACAAUGUGUGUGGAAAUCCCCUCUUUCGUUUGAUACGUUAAAAGUGAAUCAUGAGGCACUACACGGAGAUUAUAAAGCAAAACGAAGUCGCAUGGAUUAGAUUAUAAAUCAGUGCUUCGUUUUCUUGCAGUUCUUCUUGUCAGCAUUUAUAUAAUUUUGAAAUACUUCAAAUAUUUAACAUAUUCAUUAUUUUGCAAAGCGCGCAUAAAUACUUUCAACUCGACAGAUUAAUAUAUCUUAAUAUAUAUUCCAUCAAUUUUAAUAUAUAUCUACUUUCAUAUUAUGGCGAAGAAUCAAAAGGCGAACCCUGUGAAUUGUACAGCAUUUGCAUUAGCACAAAUAUUUAAGCCACCAAUGACCACAGUUCCACAUUAUUUAUCUCUUGCAUUAAAAUAUUCUUUGGUGGAACACGAUACCCUUCCACAAACAUGUCACAAUUAUAUGAAAUGCAUUAAGAGUUUAUCUAAUAUACAAAGGAUAGAUUAUAAUGAUUAUUUGGUUAUAUUAAAAAUAUGUUUAUAUCUAGAACAGUUUGAAUUAGAUCGCGAAGUAUAUCGGCAUAGAUUGUUGAAUCAUAAAGUUAAGAGUUCCAAUUUAAAAGAAUGUUUCAUUAUUAAUGUGUCAUCUCUGGAUAAGGGGAAUUCUGUAAUUAUACCAGAUGAUAAAGUUACUCUUUAUGAAGCCAUUUCAAAAAAAACCAUUUGGGCUAGAGUUAUGAAAGUGACAGGAAAUGAAGUGACAAUACAGCCAUAUUCUUCUAAAGAUGCAGAAACAUUCAGAGACAAACAAAAGAAAUUUAAUAUAAAUUUUUGGAGUAGACAUUGGCCAUUAAGAUGUUGUCAUUAUGCAUUGAUGAUAAUGUGUCAAAAACGCAAUUUGGUAGAAAUUAUAUAUCCCAAACUCAAAACAAAUAGUAUAGAUUUAAAAGACGACAUCAAAUGGAUAAAUACUAACAUAAAAAAAAACAAAGAACAAAAACAAGCAGUAAGAAUGAUUUUGAGUAAGACGGCAUACCCAGCACCUUAUAUAAUUUUUGGUCCUCCAGGCACUGGGAAAACAGCAACAUUAGUAGAAACUAUAAGUCAAAUUGUGAAACAUUAUCCUAUGAAAAAUAUAUUGGUAUGCGCAACAUCUAACGCAGCAGUCGAUGAAAUUACCAAGAGAUUAAUUGGGAAUGUGCCAGCAAACAUAGUGUAUCGAAUGUAUGCACCAUCUAGACCAUGGGGAAAUAUAGAUGAACAAAUUCGACCAUGUACAAAUUUUGUUGACAAAACUGCUAUCUUUUUGCCAAAAGAGAUAUUGUUAUUAAAAAGAAUUAUUAUUACAACAUUAAUAACAUCCAUAAGAUUGUGUGCUGUGAAUUUUCGAGAGAAUCAUUUUUCUUAUAUAAUCGUUGACGAGGCGAGUCAAGCGAUUGAACCAGAGAUGUUGAUUCCUCUAAUGAUAACAAAUAGAAAGCAUGAAGAUGAAAGAAUUGAGUCACAAGCGCAAAUUGUUAUUGCAGGUGAUCCUUAUCAAUUGGGACCUGUUGUUCGCUCUAAAUGGAGCAAACAUCUUUUUGGAAUAUCUAUGUUGGAAAGAUUAAUGAAUGAUUGUGAUCCAUAUAAGAAGCAGAAUGGAAAAUAUAAUCCAAACUAUAUAACGAAAUUGGUUAAAAAUUACCGUAGUCAUGAAAAACUUCUAUAUGUAUCAAAUAAACAAUUUUAUUCUGGAGAACUGGAAAUCUGUGGAGGAGCUGAUACACAAAUUGCAUUGAAUUGGUCGAAGUUACCUAACAAAACAUUUCCCAUGAUAUUUCAAGAAGUUCUAGGCAAAGAAGAGAGAUCUCUAACCCAAAGUGUCUCUAACUCAGCUGAAGUAUUAGUAGUGAUAAAAUAUGUGGAAAUGUUGAUUAAUACGAAAUUUGGAAGGCGUACGAUAAAGCCGAAGGAUAUCGGAAUAGUAACGCCUUUUAAGCAACAACAAAUACAAAUUAUUAAUCGCUUAGCAGAGAUACGGUUGGAAAACAUAGCUGUGGGAACAGUUGAGACAUUUCAAGGACAAGAACGAACUGUGAUAAUAUUGUCAACAGUACGAUCCAAAAUCUUUAAACAUGACAAUAUAGAACACAUUGGUUUCUUAUCUAACUCAAAGAGAUUUAAUGUUGCUCUGACACGUGCAAAAGCACUUAUGAUAAUAAUAGGCAAUCCAGAUAUUCUUUGCACAAAUGAUAACUGGAAAGUACUCUGGGAAUAUUGUGAAAAGCAUGGCGCAUGUAUCCCAUUCAAACAAUCCCCAUUAAAGCCAAAUGAAAUAGCGAAAUUAAUAAGCGAUUACAAAGCAGAUGCGAAUAAUGAUGAUAGUAACGUAUUAAAUACGACGAAAAUAUCUGUUACUGUAGACCUUGGGAAGAACAAAAAAGAAGAAUUAUCCAAUGUACUAGUGCGUGCAAUGGAGAAAAAAUUAACACUAACAUAGAAAAAAUAUAGCUGAUUGACAGAUAUGUUUUUAAAGACAUUAAUUGCGUUGGUUUAUCGCGAGAUAUAUAUAUAUACCAGAUAAUUUAAUUUAGUAUUUAUAUGUCGUUUCUUUAAGUACGUUUAGAGUAACGUACAUGUAUCGAUGAUCAGUAUUAAGUACAAUAUUCCAGUAUUAAGUUGUUACACUUAAAUAUAUAAUAUCCUGAUAAUAUCGAUUUUAACAAUUACAACGUUCAUAUAAAAAAUUUUUUCCUAAAAUUAUUUUCACAAAUGGUAUUUUAUACAUGUGUGAUACAUGUAUAAAGUAUAUUUAUAACUGAAAUAUCGUAGUAUUUAAUGUUAUAAGCUAAUGUUAUUAAUUAAAAGUUAUAUCAUUAUUAUAUUAUUAUAGUGGUGUAAACAGAAAAUUUCAUACAAGAUAUUUUUAGACUGAUUUUUUCCACUGUGGUUUUACAAUUGUAGAAUUAAAUUUUUUUAUAUUCUUGCCUUUUUUAUCAUGAAAAACAUGACUGUAACUGGGAUUACAAGUCUUGUCUAAUCAUCCUGAUACAUUGUGAGAACAAGAUUUUAUAGUGAUAACAAAUGCCUUAAAAUUAAUUGGCGCAUAUUGAUCUGCUUUAAUAAAAACACUUUUUGUAAAAAA